AUGGAAAGCGAUUGUGACCAGGGUUUCAUGAAGACAUCAGACUCGGACUUAAUUAGAGUUGACGCAAUGAUUCGUUUCUUUCAUCGGGGAUUUCAUGCUAAUAACCGAUUAGUAAUCAUCUCUGUCAUCAAGAACUCAUACCGCGAUACCACCCCAGAAUUGAUCGUUGUUACGAGAUACGAGACUAUUGUUAGGUACACCGUAGUAGAUUGA